AUGCGCAGGGGCAUGCUGCAGUGCAAACAGCUUUUCCUUCCUUCUCCAGACACCGUUCCAGCACCAAAGAUGGCUCAGACGAACCCUCUGCCUGUCCCCAUGGGCCCGUGGAAGCGGCAUGCGUGCUCACGCCGUAAUCAGCUCCCUGCUCCAGUUGCCGUGUUCCUCGGCAGGCUGGUCACCUUGCACGGCGGGAGGCCGACCGCGGGACACGGGACCGGCACUCGGUUUGGCUGGGUCGGUUACGAGCACACCGGCUUCUGCGGGCAGCAGUUCAUCCUGGAGAGAGGAGAGUACCCGCGCUGGGACGCCUGGAGCGGCAGCAACGACUACCACAUCGAGCGCCUGAUGUCCUUCCGCCCCGUCUGCUCUGCUAAUCACAAAGAAUCCAAGAUCACCGUCUUUGAGAAAGACAACUUCAUCGGCCGCCAGUGGGAGAUCAGCGAUGACUACCCCUCGCUGCAGGCCAUGGGCUGGGCCAACAACGAAGUGGGCUCCAUGAAGAUCCAGUGCGGCGCCUGGGUUUGCUACCAGUAUCCCGGGUACCGUGGCUACCAGUACGUCCUGGAGUCCGACCACCACGGAGGAGACUACAAGCACUGGAGAGAGUGGGGUUCGCAUGCCCAGACCUCCCAGAUCCAAUCCAUCCGGCGUGUCCAGCAGUAG